GGGAAAGGUUUAAUGGUCAACCAUUACCAUUUGAAGACUAAAAAACUAAAAGAAAGAAAGAAUCUCCUGGGCUUCUCCAUCCAGUUAACGAUCGAUUCAUCAACUACUGGUUUUCUCUUCUAUCUCCUGAUUUUCAGAGCUUAACACUUCUAUAAGGUCAUGCAUUGUGAUGGAAUGCCCGUAAAUUUGGAAUACGAUUGGAUAGCAUAAUUUUCAGUGGACAUGUGUUUAAAUUUUUCCCUGGAAUCUUUUUUGGACUUGAAUGCUAGUGCUUUUGAAAUUCAAUUAGAUUUGCUUUUCAUUUUUUUGUUUGAUCACGUUCAUUGUGUAUGUUUUGCUGUGAAAUCUGAGAAAAUCUGUAAGUAUUGGUCACUAUUUUUAGUUUUGUAUUUGUCAAGACAUUGCUACAUUAUUAGCCCAGUAACAUUGAAGCUUGUCCUUGGAUCAACUGGGCAUAUCGUCAAAUACAGAAUAUAGUAAUUUGAGUUUUGAUAUUGAACAGAUUUUCUCAAAGUUCCCUUAUGAUAAUCAUAGCUCUCUUAUUUAAAGAUUGGAUCUUUUGCAUUUAUUGGAAAGAUUUUGCUUUGCUGGUCGAGGGGAAUUAUUUCUGCACUGUCUUUUGUGAGAUUUAAUAAAAUUCAGGCACCUGACAUAUCUGUGGAGAUAAGACAAUAUAGCUAAAGUAGUGGUGAAAAGAUAUUUAAUCUUCCAUUCUUAGUUUAUAUGAUGUUUCAUAUAUAUAUUAUCUAUAUGUAUUUUAAAUUUUGUAGAUACUUGGAUGGAAGAGGGAGAUUGUUGCUAUGAACUAGAUUUCAUGGGAGGAUUUGUUGACAGCAGAGUGGUAUUUGGUUUGAUGGUUCAAUAAAAUUCACUUGAGUUACAGACUAUAUAUACAAUUUAGAAAAAGGCCGCGAAAGGGAUUGAACUGCAGCCAAAGCUGAAUUGAUGUAUAAUCUCUUUUCUUGAUCUAUAAGCUAAUGUUACCAAUUAACUAAACCUUAUUGAAGAUCAAGAAGAAGAGUGAAUGAGAAAAUGUCCGAAAGAGACGAAACGAUAACAAUGUCACAAACCCAGGAAAGUUCCAUCUUCCUAACUCCCAAGAUUUUCUUUCAAUCCAUCCAAAUUUUCCUCCAAAACAAACAAAUUUUCUUUUCAAUUUUUACCCUCAUAACCCUCCCACUCUCAGCCCUACUCUUCUCCCUUUCCCUCUCUUCCCACCCAUCAAAAUCUCGAAUCUACCACCUAGAAUACCUAGCAAGCCUGGCCUCAACUCAGUUCGAAGCUCGACACGUGUGGAAAGAUUCCCGCGAAGACGCCGCAUCGAUCUUCCGCGCCAAAAUCCUCUUUUUCCCACCUUGCUACGCUCUCUCCUUACUCGCCGCCAUCUCCACCGUCAGCUCCGUCAACCUCGCCGUUAACGGAAAACGCCCCACUCUCAACUCCGCCGUUACGGCGUUUAAGUUAACGUGGAAGAGACCCUUCGUUACCUCCAUCGUCGUCUACGCUCUCCUCCUCGCCUACGUCCAAAUUCCCCGAACACUUUCCGCCGUGUUUUAUUCACCUGCGCCGAGACUGUUCAUCCUCACCGUCGGAUCAAUCGUCGAGGUUUAUCUAAUGGCGGUGUUGAGUCUAGGCAUGGUGGUCUCGAUCGCAGAGGAUAAUUUCGGAUGGGAUGCUAUUCGGGUCGGGUCGGUUAUCAUGAGUGGGAGACGGGUUACCGGGUGGGUUUUAAGUGCUGUGUUUGUUUUUGUAACGGGGCUUAUAGCGAGGGAUGUGGAGAAGUUGAUGAACGAUCAAGAUCCGUUUGGGAAACCAACAUCGACGGUUGUGAUUGUGGCGAGAGGUGUGGUGGACAAGGUGGGUCUGAUUGGUUUGUAUGGGGUAGUUAUGCUAUGGGGUUAUGUUGUUACCACUGUUUUUUACUGCGACUGUAGAAGACAAUACAGUAAUAAGAGUGAAAUUGAAAAUGUAACACUUACAGUGUAGGUAAUUUGCAUUUUUUCUUUUUGAAAGAUAUUUCAAAUUUUGUAUUUUUUUUUUCUUUUUAUAUAUUAUUUUAUUUUGGUAUACAUAUCGAAUAAGAAAUUUGAUGUAUUUGCU